CAGGUUGGGAAGCCCCCCGUCCCGAAGCUUCUGGAGCGGCGGCCCCGGGUGGCCGGGGGCAUGCCCCGUUCCGAGGCGUGGUGCGCGGCCUCGGGGCCUCGGGAGAAGUUGGGGGGCCCGGGGCGGCCCCGGGGACGGGUGGCUCAGUGGUUGUGAGCAGGAUGCGGUGGCACGUGACUCUGGAGCGCAAAGCCUGACGCCCGAUCCCGGCCACCUGGGUGCUGGUUUCUCUGACACUUGGUCCCAGGCAGAUGCUUUACAGGAUGAAUGACAUGAACCUCAGCCCAGUGGGGAUGGAGCAGCUGACUUCAUCCUCUGUGAGCAAUGCCUUGCCAGUCUCUGGAAGUCACCUGGGCUUGGCUGCCUCACCUACUCACAAUACUAUCCCUGCCCCAGGCUUGCCAGUAGCAAUUCCAAACCUUGGUCCCUCUCUGAGUUCUCUGCCUUCUGCUUUGUCUCUGAUGCUCCCAAUGGGUAUUGGUGAUCGAGGGGUGAUGUGUGGAUUACCGGAAAGAAACUAUACCCUGCCUCCAUCACCUUACCCUCACCUGGAGAGCAGCUACUUCAGGACCAUUCUACCUGGCAUUUUAUCUUACUUGGCUGACCGACCUCCUCCUCAGUACAUCCACCCAAACUCUAUAAAUGUUGAUGGUAAUACAGCAUUAUCGAUCACCAAUAACCCUUCAGCACUAGAUCCAUAUCAGUCGAAUGGAAAUGUUGGAUUAGAACCAGGCAUUGUUUCAAUAGACUCUCGCUCUGUGAACACACAUGGUACCCAAAGUCUUCAUCCCAGUGAUGGUCACGAGGUGGCAUUGGACUCAACAAUCACUAUGGAGAACGUUUCUAGGGUAACCAGCCCGAUCUCCACAGAUGGAAUGGCAGAGGAGCUUACAAUGGAUGGUGUCACAGGCGAACAUUCCCAAAUCCCAAAUGACUCUAGAAGUCAUGAACCUCUUUCUGUAGAUUCUGUGAGCAACAAUCUUGCUGCAGACGCCGUAGGACAUGGUGGUGUGUUACCCAUUCACGGGAAUGGCCUGGAGCUCCCUGUGGUCAUGGAAACAGACCACAUUGCAAGUCGUGUCAACGGGAUAUCUGAUAAUACCCUCAGUGACUCUAUCCACACCGUGGCCAUGAGCACCAACUCUGUAAGCGUGGCACUCUCUACCUCACACAACCUCGCCUCCUUAGAAUCUGUUUCUCUCCAUGAAGUUGGCCUCAGCCUAGAACCUGUGGCAGUCUCCUCCAUCUCCCAGGAGGUUGCGAUGGGAACGGGUCAUGUAGAUGUAUCUUCAGACAGUCUGUCUUUUGUACCACCUUCACUGCAAAUGGAAGACUCCAAUUCAAACAAGGAAAAUAUGGCAACCUUGUUUACAAUUUGGUGCACUCUUUGUGACCGAGCCUAUCCCUCAGACUGCCCAGAUCACGGACCAGUGACUUUUGUCCCCGACGCUCCCAUAGAGAGCAGAGCACGGCUUUCUCUCCCAAAGCAGCUUGUUCUCCGCCAGUCGAUUGUGGGAGCUGAUGUCGGUGUCUGGACUGGAGAAACCAUUCCUGUACGUACUUGCUUUGGGCCUCUAAUUGGCCAGCAAAGUCACUCCAUGGAAGUAGCAGAUUGGACAGAUAAGGCAGUUAACCAUAUCUGGAAGAUAUAUCACAACGGGGUCCUGGAGUUCUGCAUCAUUACAACUGACGAAAAUGAAUGUAACUGGAUGAUGUUUGUGCGCAAAGCCAGGAACCGAGAAGAACAGAAUUUAGUGGCUUAUCCCCAUGAUGGAAAAAUCUACUUCUGCACUUCACAAGACAUUCCUCCUGAAAACGAACUGCUUUUCUAUUACAGUCGAGGUUAUGCUCAGCAGAUUGGUGUUCCUGAGCAUCCAGACGUGCAUCUCUGUAAUUGUGGCAAGGAGUGUAAUUCCUAUACCGAGUUCAAAGCACAUCUGACCAGCCAUAUUCAUAACCACCUUCCUAGCCAGGGCCACAGCGGCAGCCACGGACCAAGCCACAGCAAGGAAAGGAAGUGGAAAUGCUCGAUGUGCCCCCAAGCUUUUAUAUCUCCUUCCAAACUUCAUGUCCACUUCAUGGGUCACAUGGGCAUGAAACCCCACAAGUGUGAUUUCUGUAGUAAGGCUUUUAGUGACCCCAGUAACCUGCGGACCCACCUCAAGAUACAUACAGGUCAAAAGAACUACAGAUGCACCUUGUGUGAUAAGUCUUUCACCCAGAAGGCUCACCUGGAAUCCCACAUGGUCAUCCACACGGGCGAGAAGAACCUCAAAUGUGAUUACUGUGAUAAGUUGUUUAUGCGGAGACAGGACCUCAAGCAGCAUGUGCUCAUCCACACACAAGAACGCCAAAUCAAGUGCCCCAAGUGCAGUAAGCUGUUCUUGAGAACAAAUCACUUGAAGAAGCAUCUCAAUUCUCAUGAAGGAAAACGGGAUUAUGUCUGUGAAAAAUGUACAAAGGCCUAUCUAACCAAAUACCAUCUCACCCGCCACCUGAAAACCUGCAAAGGCCCCACGUCCAGUUCAUCGGCCCAGGAGGAGGAAGAGGAGGAUGAUUCCGAGGAGGAAGAGUUAGCAGAUCCAGUGGGAACGGAAGAGUGUCGGAUUAACAGUGCUGUGUUCUCAACAGAUGAGCCUCUGUCUGCACAUAAGUAAAAGAAAAAGCAAACUUUUGGAUGGAACAUGCAAAAGGGAAAAACAUAGUUAACCAGUUAUCCACUACAGUGGCUUUUGUAUUAAAUGGUUUCUGAUGUCCUUCCAGCCAGCAGUCAGAACUGACUGGGAAAAGAUAAAGGACUUGCCGACGUGUGGUAAUGGAAGCAUCCAGCAGUUAGG